AUGGCAUCUCCAGCGCAGCUUAGAUACAUCGAUGUCGGUAUCAACUUUACAGACCCCAUUUUCCGAGGCGAGUAUCACGGGACCCAACGCCACGAAGACGACUUUGAAGACGUCAUUCAAAGAGCUUUAGACGCUGGCUGCAAGAAGUUCAUGGUAACGGGUUCUAAUCUCGCGGAAUCGAAACAUGCGGUUGAGAUUGCAAAAGCACACCCAGGCUUAUGCUAUGCUACUGUUGGUGUACACCCUUGCUCAGCAAAACACUUCGACACGCAUUCUGGUGGUCCAUCUGAACUUCUUUCUGCCCUCAAAGCCCUAGCUAUAGAAGCUAAAAACGCAGGUCAUGCUGUGGCGUUUGGAGAAAUUGGUCUUGAUUACGACCGCUUGUUCCUUACAGCAAAGGAGCCGCAACUGAAGUACUUUGAAGCACAACUGGAAAUUGCCAUUGACGUGCAACUACCACUCUUCCUUCACUCUCGCGCUGCGAGCGAGGACUUUGAGAGGUUGUUGACUGCAAAGCUUGACCAGCUGCCGAAGAGAGGCCUUGUGCAUAGCUUCACCGGAACGUUGGAAGAGAUGCAACGGCUUGUUGAUUUGGGGUUCGAUAUUGGUGUUAAUGGAUGUAGUAUGAAGACGGACGAAAACAUCUCAGUCGUCAAACAAAUACCCCUCUCACGUCUACAAAUCGAGACCGACGGUCCAUGGUGCGAGAUGAGACCCAGCCACGCAUCAGCCAAGUACCUCAGCGACGCACCUCCUCUACCAAAGGCAGUGAAAAAGGAGAAGUGGGCCAAGGGCAUGAUGGUCAAGGGACGAAACGAGCCAGCCACUAUCCCCCACGUUGCGUACGCGAUUGCAAAGAUCAAGGAGAUCAGCGUGGAGGAGGUUUGCGACGCUGCAUGGGCAAACUCGAUCAAGAUGUUUGGGCUUGGAGAAACGACUUCUUAG